GGGAGACUGUCUUCCCAGUGUUUACGGUGGUCAGCUGCUGACUCCUGAAACUCAUCGAUUGUCCAUUUCUGUGAAGUUAGAGGAUGACUGUCCCUGUCAUCAUUUGGAGAAUGCAGGAUUGAGGGAGACACGCCCCCUGCGGCCCAUCAACACAUGACCCAGGGCGAGUGAGUGAGAAACGCAGCGGCACGUCCUGCAGCCAGCGUGACCUGUCCUGUGGCGGGACGUUCUCACCGCAAGCCCAAACACACACAAGGGUACACACACACUCCCUCCAUCCCUGAGCUCGGCGUGCCUCGACCCCCGCCUCCCGCCGCGCGCCUUGCCUCCCAGUGGUUGAGUGAGCGCAUCAGCUUGUGUUUCUUGUGCUUCUGAAGUGUUGCACGUGAUUACUUGGCGUCUGGCGUGCCCGAGGGAUGCGACGGAUCUCCUGGCGGGAGUCGAGAGUGCAGAUGCGUGUGUGUGUGUGUGUUUGUGCUCCGCGACAAGAGAGCAUCACUUGGCUGGCUGAUACUCACCUUGUAGUAGCCGUGGGAUCGUCAGGUGCAGCACAACUUAAGGCCGACACAAGUGUGCAUUGGCCCCAGCACAGCGACAGCCGCCCAGGACGUGAAUACAGACUCGUGGAGUACAGAAGGAAACAUAAUCUGUACCCACUUGCUGUAAUGUCUUGUCCCUCCUGAAGAAGCAUUGCGCCAUACUAGUGGGAAUGAACGUUGCAGACAAGAAGGGAGUAUGUAUGUGCUGUACAUGCUGCAGUAUGUAAAUGAAACCGUAACGGCAAUCCCCGCAGACUUUCCGCUCUGACGUGACCAGCGCCGCGCCGUCCUAUUGUCUCUCCUGAAGAGUCACUGCGUCAAACCAGCGGGAAUAAACGUUGCCGACAAGAAGUGAAUAUCUAUGUACUGUACCUGCUGCAGAAUGUAAAUUGAAACCGUAACAGCAAUUCCCGCAGACUUUCCGUGACUAGCGCCGCGCCGUCCUGUCUCUCCUGAAGAAACCACUGCGUCAAACCAGCGCGAAUAGACGUUGCUGGCAAGACGUGUGCAUGUGAUAGUAAGUGCGUGUGUAGUUGUUGAUGCACUUAGAAACACAAACUUGUGGAAUACGGAAGGAAACAUGGAACAUACCGCUCGUUGACUGUUGAACUUGACGGGGUGAGAGAGUGAGAGCGCCCAGUCAGGAGGAGGAGGAGACGGGGGAGAGGGAGGAAGAGAAGAGGGCGAGGACUAUGGAGGUGAGCAAUGUGAGUGUGCUGGUGGUGAUGGUGGCGGUGCUGCUAAGCCAGGUGCUAGUGCCCUACCUGCGGGGGCCCCUCGCCUACCUGAAGCCUGACCUGGUGGUGUGGCUGCAGGACAACGACCUCAGCCACCUAGCGGGCGCCUUCGUGGACGAGGGGGUGUGGCGGCUGGUGGAUGUGGUGGAGAUGGGCCCGCUGCGAGGCGUACCACUGGGGGAGCAGGAGAGGGCUGCCGCCGCCGCGUACGACCUGAAGCAGAGGCUCAUCCUGCAGCACUACUUACAGCACCAUGGCGCUGAUGCCAGCCUGCCCAGACUGGAGACCCUGGGCGUGAGGAGUCUGAAGGAGGCGGUUUACAUGGCAGAGGCCUUCCCGCUGGAAUUUACAGAGGAGAGAGACCAGCACCUGCACGACCUACUCCACUCCCUGCCCAGGGACAAGAAGGAGCUGGAGAUGCUGGGGGAAGAGAUGUGGACACAGGUGGCUGCCAUGCAUAACCUCCCCAGUGCCCGCUUCGGAGUCUUGGCCAUGGUGUUAUGUGGUGUGGGGAGUGUGGUGAUCCUCAGCGUGGCGUGGGUGAUGACGCGACGCAACGCCCCCAAGCCGGGUCUGUUCCACCUGUUCACCGGGAAGUACCUCUACCCGCAACGCUGCACCACCACCUUCCACUGGGAGGACCCGGCCCCUGUUGGCACCACCGUCUCCUUCACGGUGCAGUUCUACCAGAAGAAUGGGCGGCCGUACCCGAUCAGUGAUGCAGAUGGGGUGUUGGUGGAGGUGACACAGGGCAUUCAUAAGGUGGGAGUGGUGACAGAACUUGGAGGAACUGGAGAAGCUGAAAUCAACAGUGCUCGCUGCAAGUUCACAGCACGACAGGCGGGUCAGUACAAGGUGUCCAUCCUGUUGGCCAACCAGCACGUGAGGGGCAGCCCCUUUGUGAAGCAGUUCCUGCCAGGACCUCCAGACCCCAGCAAGAUUGUAAUGGUGCAGCACUGCUCCACAGUGGUUUGCACAGCAGGACAGCCUCACCACAUCCUCAUUGAGCCCCGAGACCAGUACCACAAUGUGUGUUCCUUCCCGCCAGGGCGCCCUGACACCCACAGCUAUGCCAUCUCUGUGGUGGAGUUGGAAGGUGGCUGGACGGUGGAUCCUGGGGCAGUGAUCCUGUAUGACCACACCUCUCGUCGAGUGAGCAUCCAGGUGACCCUGCAACGCCCCGGCUGUUACCGGGCCCACCUCACCUACCGCUCCACCACCCUCACCAACGGAACCUUUGACAUCAUUGUGCUGACUGCAGAGGACUCCCAGCGAGUGCAGCGCACAGUCAGUCGCCGGGCACAUGAGGGCCAUGAGGCAAGGCUCCUGGCUUACAAUGGGACCUUGCUGACCAAACCCAAGAAAGUGUACUGCUAUGUGACACCAAAGCAGCUCAUCAUCAAAGAGUUUAUGUUGAAACUGAUCCCUAAGCGAGUAUGCACUUUCAGGCUGUGUCCUUCCACCAAGUUCCUCUUCACAGGCACCAACAACCAGAGUGGGCUGCCCACCAUGAGCAUUGAUGAUGGGUGUCAGCCCUUGGUGUGUCUAGCUGGCCGUGACCGCAAUGUUGUUGCUGCCACCUUCACACAGUUCAUGUUGAAGAACAUCGGUGGCUCAGAGACCUUCAAGGACAAGCAGGAUCACUUCUACCAUGAAGUACGAAAAUUCCACAGUAAGCGCAUGCACGACCGCAUCCCAGUCAGUGUGUCACGUGAACGAUUGCUGGAGACUUCCAUGAAAGCCACCAAAGGUUUCACUGUAGCUGACUGGUGUAAGAACUUUGAAGUGACCUUCCAGGGAGAGGAAGGUCUGGACUGGGGUGGACUGCGGCGGGAGUGGUUUGAGUUGAUAUGUGCACAGUUAUUUGACAGUGACAAUGGCCUCUUUUCCAGCCUUCAUGAGGGACCACAAGCCUUGGUGCAUCCCAACCCUGAUCGCCCACCUCACCUCAAACUGAAGCACUAUGAAUUUGCAGGACGGGUAGUAGGUAAAUGUUUGUAUGAGUCGGCUCUGGGGAGCGGGUACAGGCAGACCGUACGAGCCAGAUUCACUCGCUCCUUCCUGGCGCAGCUCAUUGGCCUCCGGGUACACUACAAACACUUUGCACAGGACGACCCUGAGCUGUACACAGGCAAGGUGCAGCACCUGCUGGAGCAUGGUGUGGACCGUCUGGAUGACCAGCUCUUCUUCACAGAUGAGGUGUUGUUGCCAACAGGCCAGGUGCGUUCGGUGGAGCUGGAGCCGGGGGGAGCCUCACGCUCUGUCACCAACGACAACCGCUUGCAAUACUUGGAUGCCAUUGCACAGCACCGCCUGGCUGCUCGGGUCAGACAUGAAGUGGAGGCAUUCCUUUCCGGCCUCAAUGAAAUUAUCCCUGACAACCUGCUUUGUAUCUUUGAUGAGAAUGAGCUGGAGUUGCUCAUGUGUGGCACAGAGGAGUACAGCAUUGCAGACUUUAGGGCAAACCACAUAGUCAAUGGCUCUUCGUCUGAGUUUGGUCGUGUCCUCUAUUGGUUCUGGACGGCCGUGUCCAACUUCACAGAAGAGGAGAUGGCUCGCCUUCUACAGUUUACAACAGGCUGCUCCCGUCUGCCUCCAGGAGGAUUCUCUCAGCUUUCUCCAAACUUCCAGAUAUCUUCUGCCCACACUUAUGGAGUUCUGCCCACUGCCCACACCUGCUUCAACCAACUGUGUUUACCAGAUUAUGACAGUUAUGAACAGUUUGAGAGAGCCCUUCUGCUUGCCAUUAAGGAAGGAUCUGAAGGCUUUGGCAUGGUGUAAUCUCCCUCCCACUGUGUUGCUGCCAGAAUCUUUCCUUCCUCUUUGAUCGACUGGCCAUGGAUUGCAGACAUGGCGAUAGAGGAAGCCUUCACACUUUCAGAAAUUAUCAUCAUGUUUACUGAGCUGUGGAUGCCAAGUCCUUACUCAUCAACAAUCCAACUUCAUUCAACAACUGUGAGCCCUCCAAUUGGCUGCUGCUUCACAUCUGCUGCAGCUUUGUGCAUCUAUGCAUUGCAUAUAUAUGAGUGUUUGUGCAUACAGUGUGUGUGUGUGUGUGUGUGUGUGUGUGUGUGUGUGUGUGUGUGUGUGUGUGUGUGUGUGUGUGUGUGUGUAUGUGUGUGAGUAAGAGAGAUAAAAUAGAGAAAGUAUAAACAGAGUAUAACAAAAGUUUUAAGUGCUGUGAUAGCAGACUUUACUCUCAUUGAGGGCAUAAUAUCGAAGGAUCUGAAAUAAUUACCUCAAGGACAGUGAAUCUGUAGUACUUAAGGCAGUGUGUGGUUGGUCCAGAAGUUAUGCAUUGUAUCAUAUACAAAGAUUUGUUGCAAUAUUUCUUACUUAUAUUACAUUUUGUCAUCUGUAGACAGAAUGGUUAGAAUAGAAAACACUGCUGCUUUGUGACUUGCUGCUUAGUGAUGAUGAGGAUGGCAGGUGUUGAGCACACUGCAUGCUGACCUCCUCAUGCUGCAAUAUUUUUUGUCCAAGGUGUUACAUUAUGUUGUGCUUGGGAUGUCAAGUCACAGACUGCAGUUGAGGAGUGUAGGCCUCAAGUAGAAGUCAAACAUAGAUUUUCACCAUUUCAUCAUUACAUGUUUUAUAGUUGCCUAAUCUUUUAAAUCCAGUCUGCAUCUUUCAGCACAUUGACCAUUAAUAUUUGGGUAUUACUUAGUGUUUAAAAGUACAGAAAGCAAUUUGAUUUCUUAGACAGUGGAAUUUGUUGAUCUGAUAGAGACAGGCAUUAGAUCUGGCCGGAGUUGGAAGUCCUCAAUAUGAGAAGUCUGGUUGACUGAUGAGUUAUUUGAUUGUUGUUAGAUACACUCAUACUAUGUAUGCUCUAUAUUUAACUCAUGGAAUUAAAAAAUGAUGUUUUAUCAUUUUUAGAAGCAGAAACUUCUGCUCAAAUCAAAUCAGGAAGCAUCUUCAGUGUAAUGUUCUCUUUUCUUGAUUGUAUAACUACUGUGUUGCCAAAAUAUACACAAUUACACAAUACAGUGACACAUGAAAUCUGGAAAACAAAACUCCAAAAUUUAUAAACAGUAUAUUAGUUACUGGUGGCAGUUGUUGGCAGAUUCUUUAAGAAAUAGUACCACAUAUUUGUUGAUAAUUAGCAUUUACACCAGACAAGUCCCAUGUGGAUGAAGAAAAAGUUAAAUCUCACUUACUAGUAUGUGUGGUCUUAAAAAAAAACAUCAUUCUCAUGAAUUGAUAUUUCCAUAUGCCAGUUCUCAUUUGCACCAGCCUUGCUCUCUUAAAUAUUUGUUUAUCAUGUGGUUUUGAGAAGAGCAUGAUGAAUAUGAAGGGAGUAAAUGGGGGGAGGGAUUAAUGGAGGAGAGUACAUCAGAAGUGUGAAUGUAUUUGUCACACUGUCCAGGUCAACACAGCAAGUCUGUUGUACCUCAAGUGACUCACCAGAUUAAAAAUAGUUGUGAAGGAAAGUAAGUGAUUUCCCAGCACACAGGAAAUUACUCAGUUUUGUUCAACACUUGUUACUUAAUCUGUAAGGAAAGUCUUGCUAGCUUAUAUCAUGAGAAUGACUUGUUAGAGAAGAAAUGGUCAUUUGGGUGGUGUUAGAAUGAGAAUGCAUUAAAGCCUUUCAGACAACAGUUACAUGUGCAAGAAGUUUAUUCAUGUAUGUGUGUGUGUACAUGAAACACAUGGUACAUAUACUUAGGAGACUAAAAAACAGUCAUAUGCCUAAGUAUAAAAGAAUUUUAACAAAAUUGGAAGUUGAGAUAUAUUUUGUGUGUGAGAUAGGUUUAUACCCAAAUGUAUGGUGUAGUUAAUGUGGGUGGUGCAGUACAAUAUAUGAAAACACCAAGCUGAGUUGAUGGAGAAAAGUUGUGGGACCAUUAGCCAGCCACAACACCGUCUUUCAGUCCUUCACAACUCGACCGUGUUCAGCACCAGCUCACUGCUCUUUCUCUCUUGAGUAGAUCACAUUCCACUUUGUUGACUGUAGGGAAUCAUCUCUAGCAUUAUGUAUGUGGCUCUUCAUUAUUGGACUGCUUGCAAUUUUAUGCAAGGGCAUGCUAUGAAUUUGCCUCUCAUAUUCUAAGAAUAUGGAGGUAAUGAACUUGUCUUUCUUUCUCGCAUUAGAAGUACAAUAAGACGUUAUGUUGAUGGACAUUAAUUUGAAAGGGUGUGACUUCAGUUGAGGACUGAAGACAAGAGUGGCACAAAAGCCACUGCCAUACAAACCUCUGUGAGGAGUUGCUCUCAAUGGUUCAGAUGUAUGAAUACAUUGUCUUUCUAAUGGAUGAAAUGUUUGAAGCUGACGCAUGCUGUAAUGUAAUGAGACAAAGAGUGGAGGUAAUGUUACCCAUAAGGCGGACACUGGGAUGAGGGAGUGAGUGUUUGCUGUGCUUCAUUCCACUGAUCAUGUGCACCGUGUUACUCCACUUGAUCAUGUGUACUUUGUGUCUUCCAGUUGGCAGUGGACCAUACCCAACAGUGUACCAUUCAAACACAAGGCCAAUAACACUGCAACUCUGAGCAGUCCACGUGACCUUUGGAAAUACACCAGAAAAGUGGAAGGUCCUUGGCUAGUGCAGUUGUAAGGAAGUUUGACCCAUGUGGCUAUUAUGAAUACAAGAGUCAUUGGUGGUAAACUAAGUCAAUAUUUGUGCUGUAUUCUUCAUUAUGUAUAAAUUUGAUAUCAGAAGAUGUACGGGGUGUUCUUCCCUAGAGGAAUUAUGUUUUCAGGAUCCAAGCCUUAAGUAAUAGCAUCGUCAGAAGGUGAGGAAAAGUUACUUGUACUUCUGUGUGAAUUCCUGAUGAUUGCCAGAUUGUUGAAAAAAAUAUUAAAGAAUCCACUGAAGUAUGUAGCUAGGAGGAAGAGAGUGUGCUACCAAAUACCAAAUUGUUGUCUCUGCUGUAAUGUUAUGAAGAAAUGAGAAGGCUUUGAACUAGUGAGCAUCCAGCUUGUACCUAAGUAAGCAUCCAGUGGCCAAGGGCAGGUGAUGUCCUCACUCAGAGUUCUAUCACCACAGCAUUGUCAAAGUCUGACAUGUUUAAUGCCACCAAAUGCUACAGGCAUGUGCUUGUGUGCUUUGUUUUAUUGUGAUGCUUUUUCAAUUAUGAUCACAAAAUGCAUGUUUCUGGUCAUGAAAGUGUAAUUCUUCUCAUCACUUUUAUCUUUGCUUGCACUUACAAUGUUCACGUGACUCAUAGAUGAGAUUGUAGUCCAUUUGAUAGCUUUCAUAGAGAUGAAACUGACCUUCUUGCAAGCAGACCUGCAGAGCAGCUCACUGAAUUUGACAUGUUUUAAAUACACAUUUAUGACUACCAUUUGGCCUAACUUAUGUGAUAUUUUUGGAGUUUAGAAAAGUAUAUUUUUCACAGUUUGGUUUCAAAACUAGAUGUGUAUUUGUGUACAUGAGCAUCAUAAACACCAGCGUUCACACCUCAAGUUUAGCAUAUCAUCAUUAUAUUGUUAAACACUGCUCAGAAUAGUAGUGCCAAGUCGUUAUACUAUCAAUUUUGAAAUAUGUAUUGUUUUUUGUUAACUUUCAUGCAGAAAACUUAGUGAAUAAUGAUGUUUUUACCAGUUUUUUAUUAUGACUUUCUGUGUGAUAAACAUUCACGACAAAGAGCACAUCACAGCAGUAGGUUUGUGUUGGCUUGCUGUAGUGUUGUCUUUUCAAAAAGGAAAGCACCAUUCCUCAUUUAUAGGCAUUUUAUAUUAUUAUUUCUAUAUUUGCUAUUUGUAUGAAGUAGAUAUGUAUUCUACUUUUAAUAUUUUCUAUUGUACUUUUCUUCCACUUUUUGUUGGGUUGUAUACAGUUUCGUGUAUAUCUGUGUUUUGCUUGUGUGUCAGCGAGCCAAUCCAGUAUGUCAUAGAAGUUUUGUCUGGGUAUUAGUGUUUCACGGCUGCAGUCCAUUAUUUCUGGCCAAAGAUCACAUCAAUCCUUGUCAUUGUUGCCUUUGUUCACAGGAUUUAUUCAGUAUGCAGGCUCUAAUUUUUUAAUAUUUUAGUUCUUGCUAGAAGAGUCUGUUCCAAGCUCGAGCUUUUUGCAUAAUGUGGAGUGAACUGUAGUGAGUAGUGAAAUUCUCAAGAAGUAACAGCAAGGAAAACUGUGUACAUUUCAGUGUUGCAAUACAAGUUUGUUGUGUACAGAGUACAAUGGCAUCAGGAUAAAGGAAGCAGAUAUGAAUGCUGAAGCUGUCAGAUUGUAAUGUGGUUUGUUUAUUAUUGAGGUGUUGAAAUUGAUGCAAACUAAAGCUUUCAUGAUCAUGAAAUAUUAGAGGAACACUUAUUGAAAAUAGGAACCUUAGUUUCUGCUGAGUGCAGAGGAUGAAACUUUUUGUCAGACAAAUGUGAGCCAACUUCCUAUGCCUUCUGAUGGGUCUCAUAGCUAUAUUCCUUUGAUCAGCACACUUGCACUUACAAGACAAUAUUAGUUAUUCAGUAAGCAUUUAUCUAGUCACUGAAAGUUAUGUAGGCUUACACACACACACACACACACACACACACACACACACACACACACACACACACACACACACACACACACACACACACACACACACACACACACACACUUUGUGUGAAAUAAAAUAUAAAAAAAUUAGGCAUGUUUUAUGGAAAUUGCAAAUUGAAUCUGUAUACAUUUUCUCAUGUGUAAUGUGGAAAUCUUGAUAACAUUCAUUUGAUAAUUAUUGUACAAGCCAUUGGAAUUGAAUAUGUAUACUAAUGCAGAUGGAUAUUUAUAUCUUUAUUUUUACUAUGCAUGAAGAUUAAAUAUGAAUAUGCAGAUUCAUUAUCUGUACCACUCUCUUAUACAGAAAUUAUGAGAGGCAUCAAGCCUUGAAGAAUAGAAAUAUAUGUGUAUGUUUGUUGUUAGUUAUCACUUUUGAAUGAUAACUGUAGCAUGUUUAUUAUAUUACUGAGUAUCAAGGGGCCAUGAGUACAGUAGGUGUGUAAGGAUCUCUUAUUAUGUUUGUAUAGGACAAAAUUUGACCACUUCUAUGUUGUUUGUAUUGACAUAACUUGCAUUGUUGUGUGCUAAUGUGAUGUGUUAAGAGGUGUUGUGCACUUAAACUACAUCACUACAAUUGCAUGUAACAAACUCACACAUCAUUUCAUACAUACAUAUACAAGUACUGUACCUGCUGUAUUCUUUCACACACACACACACACACACACACACACACACACACACACACACACACACACACACACACACACACACACACACACACAUCUUUAUUCUCAUUCUUGCUCUUGUUCCUGUGUGCCACUCAUACCACACCACCAUGCACUGCUUGCCAUAACUUGCUAACUUACUCUGUAUUUACUCUUCCUCCUCAUCUGCUUCACCUCCCUUCUACACACACACACACACACACACACACACACACACACACACACACACACACACACACACACACACACACCACACUUAUGCCAAGCAACACUUAGUUAACCCAAGAAAUUGCUAGUGGAUCUGUUUGAGGCUCACCAAAAUACUACACAUAAACUGAGUCAUGUAUAUAUAAAUUGUAUAUUCCAUAGAUGUAUACUGUAUAUUUAUUUCCUGUAUAAAGGUUUCAUUUAUAGGGAAGGGCUUGAUUUUUUUGUAAGACUUUAUAAAAUAUAUAAAAUUUAAGUUUG